UUCCCAUUGACCGGGCAUCCCUUUCCGGUAUAUGAGGUCAACCUUUCCCUCUAUCCGCCAUUACGGUCCCAGAGACUGCUGUCGCUCGGUAGUUUUCAGCAAUUCUGUGUUUUGAUCAGCGGAAACCGGCGGUUCUGUUUGGUUCCGAAGAACUUUAACCGCAGGAAGUCGAGGCUUUGCUGCGUUUGUUUAACAGCGCCGGCGUCGGGAAACAGAAGUUGUAUGAGUUACGGGGAAAACGGGGUUCUGUCCUGAAAGCUCGGACCGGACUCCGCUGCCAUGGCCGGUCAUUUUGACGCCGAGGACCGGGAUAGCUGGUACUGGGGCCGCCUGAGCCGCCAGGAAGCGGUAUCUCUGCUGCAGGGACAGAAGCACGGAGUCUUCCUGGUCCGGGACUCGUCCUCCAUCCCCGGAGACUACGUCCUCUCCGUGUCCGAGAACUCCAAAGUUUCCCACUACAUUAUCAACGACAUAAGCAACAGGAUGAGACCUGGAUCAGGUGUGGAGUCUAAUCGGUUCCAGAUCGGGGAGGAGUCGUUCUCGGAGUUGGCCGCUUUGCUGGAGUUCUACAAGCUCCACUACCUGGACACCACCACGCUGUGCGAGCCGGUUGAGAAGUCCAGGAGCGCCCCCGCCCCGCCCGCCGCCCCCCAGCAGCCCAAGGAGCAGGAGUUUGUCCGGGCGGUCUUCAACUUCCCCGGCAACGACGACGAGGACCUGCCGUUCAAGGUGGGAGACGUGCUGCGCGUCCUGGAGAAGCCCGAGGACCAGUGGUGGAGCGCCGCCAGCCAGGACGGACGCAUCGGGAUGAUCCCCGUCCCCUACGUGGAGAAGUACCGGCCCGGCUCGCCCAGCGACGGCGGGGCCCCCCAGGGGAACCUGCAGGGCGACCCCGGCCCGUACGCCCAGCCCAUGGUCAACGUCCAGCUGCCCAACCUGCAGGACGGCCCUGUGUACGCCCGCGCCGUCCAGAAGAGGGUCCCCAACGCCUACGACAAGACGGCGCUGGCCCUGGAGGUGGGGGACAUGGUGAAGGUGACGAAGAUCAACGUGAACGGCCAGUGGGAGGGCGAGUGCAACGGGAAGCACGGCCACUUCCCCUUCACCCACGUCCGGCUGCUGGACGACAGCGAGAGCUGAGCAGAACCGGGCUGACCGGCCGGGAGGAAGCUCGCCCACCGUCAGAUCUGGAUCGGGACCGUCCGGCAGGAGGCGAGUGGGCCGGCCUCCCUGUUAUCUUUGUGGUGGACAGGUUUGAGCCUGGGGUCAGACCGGGGUCGCCUGUUUUAUCCCCUUCAUCCCAGUUUCAGCUGCUGAGUGGAAAACCAGCUGCAUCUCGUUUUAUUUGAAUUAAUGGUGGGUUUUUUAUGAUUUUAAUAUUUAUUACCAUGGUGCAGAUAAUUCUGGAGUUUCGGAAGAGUAAAGGCGAUGUUUGUAAAAUGAACAUAUUAAUAUUAUGGGUGUCUUUUUGUACUUUAGAUUUUUUACUAUUAUUUUUGGACCAAACAUCUGCUCAGAAGCUUCCAGAAGUCGGGCUCUGGUUCUGUGGCGGCCAUCUUGAAACUAAAUACUUUAGUCUUAUUUUGGACAUUUUUCUGCUCUUCUUGACCACAGAAAUAUGGAAAAAAUAUUAAAGUGUUUAUUAAACUAAAUUUAUCACAUUUAACAACAGGGGUUAAAGGUCAUGGUGUUCUGGUUUCUGUGGUGGAAGGGAACCCUCAGAGGUUUUCCUGGUUUGUGAUAAAACGGUGCGAUGCAUCAGUAAGAGGAUCGUCCCGCAUCAUGACGCCUCCACCGCCGUGCCUUGGUUCUGCUGGUCUCGGAUGGAGCGGAUCGGUGUCUCGGUUUGAAUCGGGAUCACCCACAGUGAGACGGUUUAAAAAUGUGAACUUUCUCCCAGUUUUUGUUUAUGUUCUUUAACUUCCUGUGAAGCGUGUGGACGUCCUGCUGACCUGAGGAUGAAACUGAUCUGAAGCCAGAGGAGGGUCAGUUUCUGGGUUUUUGUUUAUCUAAGCAAGCAGUUCAAAAAAACAAAACAUCCACAAAUUAACACAUUUUAAAUUAUUAAACUUUCAAGUCAGGAUUUCUUUUAACAGUCAUUCCUGUAUUGUAGAUUUGUAGUACAAUAACCCCUAACAUUCAAACAAACUGUUAUUUUAUUGUUUGAAUUUUGAUCUUUUCCCUGGUAAUAAAAAAAUAUUAGUUUUUUUACUUUAUUGUUUUUAUUCUUUAAGCAGAAGAACAUAAUUUUAUGACUUGAAAAGCUUUUGUAACAAACAUCCAUGUUUUAUUGGGAUACAGAUCAAACUUCCUGGUGUUGAUAGUACUUGUUAGUUGUUCUCUCCCUGACGCUGGAUUAAUCCCUGAACUCCUGAAUCCACAGAUGCAGCCACAGGGUUUCUCCGUCUGCCUUAAAAAUAUCCAGUGAGUUUUGUUGGGAAUAUUUCUCCUGACCUCAGUUUUAUAUGAACCUGUUUUUUUUAUUGCGUUUUAUAUAUUAAGAACACCAACUCUGUAUUGAUGGAUUUCUUCCCCUGUCUUGAGUUUACAGUCUUUUACUCUCCAGUUUCUUUUGUUAAGUCUUAGAGCAAAAUGUAAAAAGAGCUAUUUUGUACACUAUGAUAAAACUGUUUUAUUACAAUGAAAACCACAGCCAGUCUGCACAACACUGCAUAUACUGCAUUAAUAAAUAAAUAUAUGAAAUA